AUCACACAUGUGUCUGGGUGCAGAGGAGGAGAGUGAGCAUCGUUUUUCCUUUUAAAUUUUGAGACCGAUGCGGACACUCGGGAUCCGUUUGGAGAUGCGGAGAAUAAUUUGCCACAGAUUCCUCUGCAUAGUGGAGGAACUAUCACAGACCACGUGAGAGGAAUAUUUAAUGACGGUCCCCCGACAGCCCGGUUCAUCUCUUGCUGGCUCUCCUCUGCUGCUGACAUGGACUCUUGGACAUUGUAUUUUUUAAGCUUCCCACAAACGGACGCGGAGGGAGGGCGAGACUCAGUCUGAAUGUAACCUUUGAUCUUUUUGCUCUUCUUUUUUCUGUUUGAUUUUUUUUUUUCCUUCUUCUUCUUCUUUUUCUUCUUCUCUCCUCCACAAGUCAAACAGUUGUUUUUCUUCGGGGUUGGGGGGUGGUAUGGCUUGGCCGUGCAUCAGCAGAGUGUGCUGCCUGGCUCGCUUCUGGAACCAGUUCGACAAAUCGGACCUCUCCGUCCCGCUCACCAUCCAGAACUACUCGGACAUUGCCGAGCAGGAGGUGCGGUCCGUCACCAAACAGGUCUCCGCCUCGGAGCGCGCACCCGGGAAUAACUACUCGACCCCCGACCUUCGUGCUGCCGGCUCCCCUCCGGCACCCGCAGACGGCCAGGGGACCCGAGGAUCUUUCAGGGCACGAAAGGAGCCCAGUUACAAGCCCCGGGAGGACUACCACCCGCCCGGAGUGCCUUUCCCCAGCGUUACUCAGUACAAGCAGGAUUUCAAACCCUGGCCCAUUCCUAGGAAGGAGAAUUUCCCUUGGAUUAGUAAUGGGGGCAGCAGGGCGGACAGUGUGUCGGACAGCCCGGUGAACAGUUACCACGGCCAGGCUCAGCCCGGGGAGAGAGAGGAGCGGGGCAGGGGGCAGAGGUGGGGGGAGCAGGAGGGGAUGGAGGAGAGAAAAACCAGCUCCUACAGGCAAGAGUACAGGCCGUGGACGGGGGCGAGACCGGCCAAAAGUGCUAGGAGAAACCCUCCAGCUCAAUACUCCAGCCCAGGGACAGAGGCCACCCACGUCCCACGUGAGACCAGCUACCAGGCUGCCUACAAUGGGGAGGGCCAAAGAUCUAUAGGGCUGCAUCAGGGAGAGCACAUCAUCCCGACUGCCAGCACCAAUAUACAACCUGCUGCUGUCCCCCAACCAAUCCCCACUGCCCUGCAGGGCAGCAGUUCACCGGGCCCCUCCGGCCUCCAGCAGAGCAUCCUGCCCGAAAGGGCCGAGUUCAGUGGAAUGACCAAGGGAGAGGAACAUCUGGUGAGGACCAAGCUCCCUCCGAACCCUUCUGCCGUCUUUCAGGGUGGAUCGAGGGUCUUCAAUAUCUGACGGCUGCUCCAGUUUCCAACCAUUCCACUUUGAUCGGUUUCAGUUUUAAGGAAUCAACAGGGGAAUGAUUUCAGUCCAUUCCACACAACACAAGAAUCUAUGCAAGGGAAUGUAUUGUUGUGAAGCCUGUGGAGCUGCAGCGUCAGUAUCCCAAGUGGAGACAGAUAGACAGACAGACAGACAGACAGACAGACAGACAGACAGACAGACGCCCCCCCAAUCCACCCCACCCUUUUACGCUCCUUUCUGCCCCUGUUGCUAUGGAAAUGAAUAUGCAUGUAAUAAACUAGUUAACAAGCUUUUUUUUUUUUUGGUUUUGCAGUUAUAGAUGCACAAGAAACUGGCUACUCUGUGUGUGUGUGUGUGUGUGCGCGCGCACCUGCUGAUUCGUCCUUUUGUUGUACAUAAUGCUGAGUCUGCUCCAAUAACGAAUGACUUGGUUGAUCAUUAAGUGCUAUGUUGCCCCCUUGGUGUUGCUAGAAAUCUGCUUGAAAAUACACUAUUUAUUUCCUCAGUAUUCAGUUAGUUUGCUAUUUUGAGAAAGUUUUGUUGGGUCUAUUAUUUUGUAAAUCUAUUGUUCAAGAAAAAGAGCAAAUAUAUAAUGUAAGUGAAAACACAAUAAAAGAAUAUUAGGUUCUUA